AUGUUGUUUGUUUUAGUUUGCCAUCAUGGACACACAAAAAUCAAAGUGGAUGGGCCUGUUGUUGAGAUGGACGGGGAUGAGAUGACUCGUGUGAUAUGGACAAUGAUUAAAGAUAGGGUAACAAAACCAACCUUUCUAAUCCAGAAAUUAAUUGGCCAGCACAAAUUUUGUUUGGCAACGAUUUGUGAACAAAGGAAUUGUUAUUUAUACUCGGAUACCUAAGGAAGUAAGCCUCUUAUUAACAAAGAUACAUGGUGCCUUUGCAAGUCCCUAUGCAACAAGAACGUAAGAUUUAGUCCGGCUUAGAAGUGUUUCUUUGAAUAAUAUUGUUUGAGCUCGAGAAAACUACACGCAAUUUUCGAGGAAGGGAUAAUUAUUCAAGUUACUAUUUUCUUGUUUGGCGUGAAAUUUUGCACCCGGCUCUUAAGUACAUGUAUUAUUUUACACGGGAAGAAAGUCAGUCGCACGAAUUAACCUUGACAUUGAGGUAAGUUUAGUCGAUCUGGUUUGAAGCUGUACAAUGUGUGGUCUCAUUUCAAAGCCUUCUUCCUGUGUUCAUGGAAACCGUUAACUGUAGCUACCUAAUAAUUUUGAUUAAGACUGUUUGUGUGCUAACUACCCAAACCGAUGUUUAUAUUAUUUUGAAUACUGUGAAAGAAGGAUAAGAAGCACAAAUAAUCUGCUGGUGUGUUUGCAGAGUUAGAACAAAUGUUAUUAAGAUAUUGUGUGCGGUAGUCAGUGAGAAUUUAUGCAAAUUUGCGGUACAUUAAUGAAAGGGAAGUGUAAUUGCGAAUUAAGAAUUGCGAGGAAAAACGAAUUUGUAACACUUAACGCCAUCCAUGUACCUCUAUUUUUUCAUUCCUUGGGUUGAAGUAUUGUGAAUUUCGCUCAUCAUGUGAGGUGUUGCGUCUGUGGUGGAUAUUACAGUCACUGUUAGCAGUAAAAUUAUCGUUUUUUUUUUAAACUGAUACGUAAAGGGGAUUUCUCCGUAAUUCUAUAGGUAGUCAGUGAAAUAGGGUUUUCACUGAUAAUCAAUGUUUCCCAGCGAUUCUCUGGAACAGUUUAAGCAGCGAUAAGUAAUGGAUUAAAGUAACACUGAAGAUAUGAAGUGAUAGGCGAUAGUGAAUGAAGUGAGGCAACAUUCAAUGCAUUUUUAUGAUAGUAGAAAGCACUAGGCUUUAAUGACCUCAAUAAGAACAUGAUUAUAGUGGCUACUUUUAUCACAUAGCUGUGGUAAAGAAGGAGCAAACUCUGGAAUGUAGAAUUUCAUGCUGACUUAAAAAAACUGAAAAAAACUUGUCACGAAAAUUGAUAAUGAAAGACACAGAGUUGUUAGCCAUCAGUAUUCAUUACAGAGCAGUAAUCAAUUAAGGCCAAAGGUUAAAGUAAGGGUAAUUUAAAAGCUUUGAUAUUUUUUUCCUGCCAGCUCAUUAAACCAUAUCUAGAUCUGGAUAUAAAAUACUAUGAUCUUGGUUUGCCACAUCGAGAUGAUACAGAUGACAAAGUAACAGUUGAAGCUGCUGAAGCCAUCAAGCAUUACAGUGUAGGAAUUAAAUGUGCAACCAUCACUCCAGAUGAGGAGAGGGUUAAAGGUACAUGUAACUGUAUGUAAAUGAUAUUAGUAAGGAUGGCAAAGAAUUUCAUCUAUCAGUGUUCUUAUAUUAGCUAUCUCCAGUUUAUUUAAUAUAUACCAAACUCCACCUCCACAGACCAUGAUUUUACAGUGUAUAGCAGAUACAGUUGAACAAGAUCUUUGUGGACAUUUUUUAAGCCUACUUUAGGUGACUAGGUUAAUUAGGAAAAGAACAAUCUCUGACCCCUUAAAAAUUAAAGAGAAAGAGUGAAUUUAUGUGAGUCAUCACUCUUUUUCUAGUGUUCAAGAUCUUCUAAUUUUAUUUUUGUUAAGAUGUUUUUGCUGUUUUUGAUGUGACUCUAACUCGAUAAAAUGUAAACUUCUUAGAAAUGUAACAAGAGUUUUGCUUUCAUUUGUUUAAUUUUCCUUUUAAUUGCAAGUACAAUAUUCUCAUUUUCUCCCUAUGUACGCAUGUAUUGGGUUAAGAGUGCUCUAUAACCUACUGAGACAGAGUCCCUUUGAAUCCUUUAACCCUUAAGAGUGACUAGCAUCUAAUUUCUCCUCACAAUAUCACCAUGGAAUCACACACUGAUGUUAUUCGAAUAAAGGAAAUGAUCACCAACUAAAGAAACUCUUGAUUAUUAGACAAAUUCUCCUUGUCAGCACCUUGCUAAAUGCAUAGAGAACAGUAUAGAGAAUAUGAAUACUGAUGUUAGGGUGUAAAGGGUUAAAACAAUUUUUGCUUAUGAUAUCCUUCAAUGUGCAAUUUUGUUCAAAUCAUAAUCAUUUUCUAGAGUACAACCUGAAAAAAAUGUGGCGAAGUCCUAAUGGCACCAUUCGAAACAUCCUUGGUGGUACUGUAUUCCGUGAACCAAUCAUUUGCCAGAAAGUUCCCAGACUGGUCCCUGGAUGGGAAAAGCCAAUUGUGAUUGGAAGGCAUGCUCAUGGCGACCAGGUAACCAUAUCAGACUAGGUUAUAAUUAUAAAAAAGUAGCUCCUUCCAUAAAAAUAUUGAGCAGUGAAAGAAUGGGAAAAAGUUUGAGCCUAAUCAAAUACUAAACCAGAGAUAACUACACUGACUUGUGAGAGUAAUAUUAAGGACUUAUUUGCACCCCUUGCAGCAUUCCAAAAUGCAUCAGUAGCAGCCUAGCAAUGUACUACAUACAGUGAUGCAUAAAAACAAUCUCCUCACUCAACAAAAACUUUCACUUUUCAGAAGCAGUCAAAAUGUUUUAAUAUGAAAGGAAUGAUCAAACAUUUAUUUAUUCAGAACCAUGAUAAACAACAAACACAUCUUUUUUUAUAUAUGCGAGACAAGUGGGUACAGAAAUUAGAUCACAGGGUUGACAGUUGCAAGUCACUGCAGACAAAAAUGACACAUGAUUCGACAAUAGUUUCAACUGAUUCCCAUCUGCUUACCAUUUCAUUAAUUUGAUGGAUACUGGAACAUUUUCUGCAAAGUUACUGUUUCUGAAAGCACCCUUGUAAGUAAGUGAUGAACCAGUUGUUAAUAAAUAACAUUUUUCUGAGGGGCAGGUUAAAUUAGAGAUCAAAUUCAUGCGUAGAUAUGUGUCCUAAAAAUGCAUGUACCGCUAGUAUCCUAAGAAAUUAGGUGUUGAGCUCUUAAACCUUAGUCUCGAGAAGAAAGUAUUCAAAUUAUUUUGCUGUGUGACUUGACUGAAACUCUCUUUUUGCUUCCAGUAUCGUGCAAGAGAUUUUGUCGUGAAUGGACCAGGAGUGUUUGAAAUCUCCUACAGACCUGCUGAUGGGAGUGAAAAGCUGACCACUGAGGUGUUUGAGUUUACAGGGACUGGAGGUGUCACCAUGGGCAUGUAUAACACUGAUGAGGUAUUCAUUUGUUGAGUUAUUUCUUGCUUUCUUUUUAUAUUGACUACUUCAACUGGACUGGUCAGUUUUGUAUCAAUUGUCCUAAAAUUAUUGUGCAUACAAAGAGGAAAGAGAAGAGUCUUAAUAUAGUUUAGGGAGGAGGCUUCCCUUUCAGAACUCCUCCAGGGCAUAGUUGUUGUGCAGUUUUCUCUCAUUGUCUUAGCCAGUUUUAGAAGUCUUCCACCCUAGGGAAAUAUGGAAAAAGUGCUAUCAAGGAUGCCUCAAUGCAAGUUAUUUUCAUUUCUUUCUUCCUCAAGUAGUCCCAACCUUGAAAAAAAGCACUCUUUUAUCUGACAUUUGUGCAGAUAUGAAAUGCAAAAAUUUAAUUCUCUGUGCUUUAUUUUGUGUUGGUGAUUUUCAGUCCAUCAGGGAUUUUGCUCACAGUUGCUUUCAAUAUGCAUUGAGUAAAGAAUGGCCCCUGUAUAUGAGCACUAAGAAUACAAUUCUCAAGAAGUAUGAUGGCAGAUUUAAGGAUAUCUUUGAAGAGAUUUACGAAAGGUAUAAUGGUAUUUGGUGUUUAUUCUUGGUUCCUUACUCCCUUCAGUCAAGCAAUGGGCAGUAGUAUUAUAAAUUUAUUUUCUCUGUAAAAUUAUUUAUAGUAGCUGGUUUUAGAUGUCUUAAAGGUAGUUUUUUCUUUCAUGCUUACCUUGAAGGUAAAACUACACGACUCUUGUGUAAAUUUGUAAAUUUAUUUCACAGACUGAAUUAUUUUAUCCUUUAACUCCAUGAGUGAAAAAAGUAAAGUAAAGCCUUUAUACAGGCCCGAGUUGCCCAUGGUUGGGGCUUAGCUCCGGUGUCCUUAGCUUGAAGCGGCUAGGAAUAUUGCUACUCCCCCCUGGAUAGGAUACUCCUUACCAAUGUACAAGGAAAUGUGUAGCAGCUAGAGGGGAUAAUUAACAAUUAGAUAUUGGGACUUAAAGGGUUAAAGAUACAUGUCAAGUGAGGAUCAUUCAAAUGCAUAGUGAUUGUUUUUACAUUUUAGGAGUUACAAAGAUCAAUUUAAGGAAGCUGGAAUUUGGUAUGAGCACAGACUUAUUGAUGACAUGGUAAGUGAAAGUCAGUGUUUGUUGUAAGUAUGGACUGGAUGUUAUAACAUUACCAGCUUCUUCCAAUGGAGCUAGCCAUUGCUAAAGACCAUUUUACUCAUUUUCUUCAAUGAGUAUGAAGCAAGUCAGUUGUAUCUACCCAGGCCUGCCAUUAUUCAUUGUAUAACUUGGUUGUAAUUUAGGUUGUAUGGAAGUAGGUAAAUUACCAGCUGUUUAACCCUGGCACGCAUAUUCUCCAUGGUGAUCUCUAUACAUUUGCUGAGGUGCUGAUAAGGAAAAUUUUUUUAACAAUCAAGAGUUGCUUUAUUUGGUGAUCAUUUCCUCUUUUUUCUAACCUCAGUGUUUGAUUCAUUGGUGAUACUGUACAGAUAAAUUAGAUGUUAGUCACUCUUAGGUGUAGGCAAACUUUCAAGUUUGGCAGGUUGCACCACUACUAUAAUAAUAGUAACUUCCCUAGUCAAGAAGAUGAUUAUUAGUUAUUCCUACAUGAAUCAGUAUGACAUCUAUGGUGUCCAGUAAUUUUGCAUUAAGUUACACAAAGAAGCCUUUAAUUACUGAUAUGCCAAAAUUCCAUGUAUUGUUGUGUGAAUCCUGUUAUGGUUGUAUCAAACUUUGUCAAGACAAGUGAGGUUUCUUUUUCUUUAGGUGGCCUAUGCCCUGAAAUCUCCAGGUGGAUUUGUUUGGGCAGCAAAGAAUUAUGAUGGGGAUGUCCAAUCUGAUACACUGGCACAAGGUAUGUGCCAUAAUUCACAUUUGUGGUGUUUACACAUAGUGUAGUAAUUGGCUUCACUAAUGAGUCAGUUCCAAAUUAAAUUCUGAAGAAAAUUGCUGUCUGAUUGAUUUUAACUGAAUGUCAUCCAUGUGAAAUGAAAACUCGACUUUGUGUGGCAGGCAAAGAAUAAAGAGGUGAACAUAAAGCAAAUUUUGAAAUUUUUAAGAUGCUUUUUCUGAGAUGAACUUCAGACUCUUACUGGUCUUAUCUAAGGUAGUCUCUCAGUCACUUUACAAAAUACUUGAGAAUUACAAGCUGUAUUAACAAGGUGCCACUUGUGUGGCAUACAGGACUAUCAGUUGGGGUUCUAUUUGUUUUGAAUAAGUUCUCAAGGGCUAAAACUUGCUGGAUAUCAUAUUUUUGGGCAUUUAAGGCUCAAAAAAAGUGAGUCAAACUUGUUAUGCAGGAUAGUGAUGACUAUACAGCAAACUUUUCCCCAUAAUUCCAAAAUUUAACCUGGCCUAUGAAUCUCCAAGGAGUCUGAACAAGAACAAGUUGGAGAGAAAUUACAAGAAGCACUUGUGGCUUAUUCCUUAAUUUUUUACAUGAAGCCUCCAUAUACAAUUUACAAUGUAAAUGCACAUAUACAUGAUAGGGUAUAAGGAGAGAUUUGUUGAAGCUUGUGUUACUCUAGCCAGUGAGCUCAUUGAUUAGCUAGAGGGUGUUAACAAUUCUGAUUUCUUGCAGGCUUUGGUUCCCUUGGUCUUAUGACAAGUGUAUUAGUAUGUGGUGAUGGCAAAACAAUAGAGGCUGAGGCAGCCCAUGGUACUGUGACAAGACAUUACAGGGAGUACCAGAAGGUACAGCUGACAUGAAUAUUAUGAAAUCCUGGAUUUUUACUCAAUCAAGGUGUUUUCUCAAUGAGGCUGAUCAUUCUGGUGAAAUCAUCUACAUGUUCUUUUCCUUCCCUCCAUUGCACCCUCCCUCCAUAUUUCUCUCCCAGCUCCCAUAGCAACCUUUCCUUGUCACUCCACCUUCCCCUUCAUCCACUCUGUCCCUCACCCUUCCACCCUCCUGUGCUUUCUUUGUGAGUGUUCAUCCUUCACUUUGGUUUCUCAGUGAUUUCUGAACAGAUAUAUUGCCAGGGACUCAAUGUGGUUGGGCUGCCAAAUUGACUUUUCUGCUAAGUAGUUUCUAAUCUCCUUUUACUCUUUUGGUUUCUACCCAUCAGGGAACCUUUAGGGAUUUUAAGGAGGUUGAUUCUUUGUAUUCUAAUGGUCAUGAAUGAAGUGCUUGGUAAACUCCUGACAAGUUGUAGUGUUUGAUAUUUGUUUGGAUGUUUAUGUUUUAGGGAAAUGAGACAAGUACCAAUCCCAUUGCCAGUAUUUUUGCAUGGACUCAAGGUUUACGUCACAGAGCAAGACUAGACAAGAAUGCUGAGCUCAAAAAGUAUGUUUUAAAAGUUACUUAGUGACUGGAGCCUCAACAUAUUGAACCCCCUUCCAACAUAUACCUGCUAUGCAAACAGAUCUAGAGUAUUCCAAUAUAGGUAACACUUGAGCACCUUUUUUCAGUAUCCCAAAAAAAUUGAGAGAACACAAUUUUUCCCCCCAAGGACAGAACAUAAUGGCUGUGGCCAGUGCUUGAAACUGGAAACUAAGACCCCGAAUGGAAGACUAACAGAUAAGAUUAGGAACUGCCUUUCUCUCCCACAUAGAUUCAGCCAUUACUGCAAAAUGUCUUGAAAAGGUCUAACAUACAAAAUAGUCUCUGUUAAUGACAAAGUUACUGAACUAGUUCUCUAGUACAAUAUUUAGCUUGUGCUUAGUUGAAUUUUUUUUUGUAACAUAUCACCAUAAGUAGCUAUACCCCUAAAAAUUAUGGAAACAUGAACAAGCAAACACAAACACAUCUACAAACCCUAAUAGGAGCAGCAGAAUGAUUUAAUUUUUGUUUCCACCAGGUUCUGCAAGGCUCUUGAGAAAGCAUGUGUUGAUGCUGUUGACAAUGGUCAGAUGACUAAAGAUCUUGCUGCUUGUAUCUAUGGACUUAGCAAGUAAGUUGAACUUGGCUGAGAUAGAGUGGAAUGUUACAUGUUGCUUUAUUUUUUAUCUAUUUUGGCAGAGAAUUUAAAAUUUUGUUGUUGCUUUGUAUAGUGUAAAGCGGGACCAGUACUGCUCAACUGAACAGUACUUUGAUGCUGUUGAGAAGCAACUUCACAACCUUUAUCAACCUCCUGCAUGA